AUGGAUUAUUCUAUUUAUAGGGUGUUUGGACAGGUGCAAAACACAGAGAGCUCCAUGAAGCAGAAGCCAACUAAGCAUCCCUAUCAUUGUCAACACAAGUGGACAUGCAAAGAUUACCCUGAAUGUCCAAAGUGGCAUCAGACUGCUCUGAGACUGACCAGCAUCGCCCUGGUUCUACUCGUUGCCACAGUGAUAGGAUUAACUAUUUGGGUAUGUCACCUAAGCAUGCAUUCCUUAACUGAUAACCACAGCAUGGAGAUUCUUAGUAGUGGGAAUGGAACCAAAGAUUGCAAUUGUAUAAAUAUUCCUCCCAGGAAAAAGCAGGGCAAUACAAACUUUACAACAAACCCUAGACUAAACUUAUGCCGUAAUGACUGGGUGCAGAAGAAAGGGAAAUUUUAUGAAUUUUUUGAAACUUUUAAAUCAUGGAUAGAUAGCCAAAAAUCAUGUUCAAUAAUGAAAUCACAUCUCUUGAUGAUCCGAGACAAGGCUGAACUGGAUUUUGUGCAGAAUAGGAUACGAGAUGGAAUCUACUAUUGGAUUGCAUUGAACAUUACACAUCCACAAAAGACAUGGACCUGGCUGGAUGGCACCCCAUUAAAUCCACAGUUAUUUCAAGUCAGGGGCCACGUUGAAAUUGAAGAUCAUGCCUGUGCUAUGAUAACAAAGACAGGUGUUUUUUCUGAAAAGUGUCACAUUGAGAGUUACUGGAUUUGUCAAAAUGUGAUUUCUUCAGACGAUGACCUCUAAAUUGAUCACAGGUUCAUUUUAUUCUCCACCACAAAGGAAGCUUCCAGAUUGGUGUGUAUGUAUUAUAACUCAGAAUUCUCCAUGGUGGGAAAAGCUUGGAGUCCCAGCUAUAGGUGUUUAAAUUAUAUAUACCCA